AUUCAAAGUUCAUGAGCUUGCGUUACAAUUGCGGCGGUUACAAAGUGAAGUUGUGGGGUGACUCUAUAUGGAGUUGGGACCUUUGGGGUUGGGGAAAUUUGUCACUCACUGUAACAGCUGCAAAUUGGUUGGGAACAACCAAGCUAGAUUCUUGAACUUUGAUUGAACUCUUGAGAUUGAGUUAAGUUCUCCUCCUACAGCUUACCCCCUAGUGCGUCGAAAGCCAUAGCGUCGCGAAUACUUCAUCAAUCAACGUGAUUCAAAUUGGGAACGGUAGCUGAGAUCAAGAGCUACAACAUAUCCAAGUUUCGCGACAUUCCAACGGCUAGUGUUUUGUCGACGUCGUUUCUUGUGAAGACGACUUUUCUGUCCAGAAUUUCGGAUUUAUAUUUUGAGUAAUUCUAGCUCCUAAGUUCACCUAGACUCUGUCCUUAAUCCUAACAAGUGGUAUCAGAGCGAUAUUAAGGACAUUGAGAGGAGUCUACAGAAGUGUGAAGACCCUUCUAGACCCACCAUGGCCUGUGGGUGUGCCUAAGUGGUGUUCUAAAGGUUGGAUGUGUCUUCCGCUAAGGGGAAACUCUGCCGAAAUUUCGUGGACGCCGACACUUGUGAAAAUAUCGAGGGAGCUGAGUGUGGACAGCAAAGGGGGGCUGAAAUUCGCUUGUGGCACGGGGGUUUCAGCAGACAAAGGGAAGGACUAUGAUGAGGUGUUUGCUCCUGUGGGGAAAGGAACAACACUGAGGGUGCUGUUAGCGAUAGCUGCACUCCUGGGAUGGAAGAUUCGGCAGAUGGACAUUGUGACUGCCUUUCUGAAUGGGAUCAUUAUGGAGGAGGUGUACAUGAAGCAGCCAGAGGGGCUGGAUGACGGGAGCGGCAGGGUCUGCAGGCUGAAGAAGGCCAUCUAUGGCCUUAAGCAGGCGCCUCAUUCUUGAACUUUGAUUGAACUCUUGAGAUUGAGUUAAGUUCUCCUCCUACAGCUUACCCCCUAGUGCGUCGAAAGCCAUAGCGUCGCGAAUACUUCAUCAAUCAACGUGAUUCAAAUUGGGAACGGUAGCUGAGAUCAAGAGCUACAACAUAUCCAAGUUUCGCGACAUUCCAACGGCUAGUGUUUUGUCGACGUCGUUUCUUGUGAAGACGACUUUUCUGUCCAGAAUUUCGGAUUUAUAUUUUGAGUAAUUCUAGCUCCUAAGUUCACCUAGACUCUGUCCUUAAUCCUAACAGGGCAACGC